AUGACAAAUCGUCCUUUGAGCCGUAACAACUUUCAGGUUGCUAUAAUAUGUGCCUUGCCACUAGAGACAAACGCCGUUCUAUGCUGUUUAGAUGAGGUCUGGCAUGAUGCUCCCCAAUACUACGGAAAGUGCGAGGGGGAUAACAAUGCCUACCUCUUUGGCAGGAGUGGAAGACAUGAUGUGGUAGUAGUCACCUUAGCUGGGGAAGGAAGAGUGAACGCAGCCAGUUCUGCUCAAUCACUGAAAAUGAGUUUCAAUUCUAUCAAGCUCGCUCUUCUCGUCGGUAUCUGCGGUGCGAUCCCUCUCAAGAAAGACGGAACAGAAAUUCUACUCGGCGAUGUAAUUAUUAGCGAGGUUAUUGUUGAUUUGAGCCAUGGCCGACAAUACCCCGGCGGCUUCAACAGGAAAGACACACUGUUGGACGUAUAUGGUCGACCUGACGAGCAGAUUUUGGGCCUCAUACGCACCUGGAAGACGGCGCUACUCUUGGAUAAAUUGCGGGAAGAAACCAAAAAUAAUUUGACAACUUUAUUGGGACAUCCACACUUGCAAACAGAGUACCCAGGUGCGUGGGAGGACAAACUCUUUCCACCCCAAUACGUCCAUAUGCAUCAUUCAGAUUGUAUAGCUUGUUUGAGUGGAUUUGCCUGCGAGGAUUCUUUGACAUCUUCAUGCACUGACCUCAACUGCGAUGUAAACAUGCUCGUCCAUCGUGAACGGUUGCUUGAGAUAUUCAACCUAUAUCCUGAGAUGCCAACUCCUUUCAUACAUUUCGGUUCUAUUGGUACCGGAGACACCGUCAUGAAGUCAGCCACACACCGAGAGGAGAUUGCAAAUGCUGAGAAUGUUAUAGCAUUUGAGAUGGAGGGUGCUGGUAUUUGGGACAAGUUCAGCUGUCUCGUCAUCAAAGGUGUAUGUGACUAUGCUGAUAGCCAUAAGAACAAAAACUGGCAGAGUUAUGCAGCUUCUGUCGCAGCCUCGGCAAUGAAGGUGGUCUUGGGACAAUAUGUGACCUCACAGAGACAAUCAGGACCUGGAGAAUCAAUUGUUAAUUCCGGAAUUCCCACUGAUGCGGCGGUCACUCCUCAAAAUCUACCCGUCCUUCCAGGCACACAUACUCCUCAAGCUUUAUUCGAUAACAUCUUGAACACCUUCGAAAGGUGUUUCGAUCAAGAACAGUGGCUCGGCUUCAAAACAACAAGUGCCAGCUCGCUAAAAAGGUCGCUGAAGAAAAUUCAGGAUGAACAGAAAGCUUCAAAAUCAAUACAGAACUUAAGACGAAUGGAGAGUUUUCUCAAGGGCGUUGAAAAUUUAGGCAAACUCAUGGAAGAAGCCCUGGGUAUUCCAGGCUUUGUAUGCUAUAUUUGGGGCCCAACCAAGCUUUUACUUCAGAUUGCAAAGGGACAUCCAGAUCUACUCGAAGCCUAUCUAUCUGCAUAUGACAAAAUCGGUGCGGCUCUUCCAACAUUUGAAGAUUGCCAUGAGAGCUUCAAACACCAUACGGGACUACAGCGUGUUCUUGCAGAGGUUUUCGGCAAUAUCCUUGAGAUCCACCAUAGAAUGACUAAACUAUUCUGUGGAAGAGCACUCAAGGACACAUUUAAGCCGCUUUGGAAGGACUUUCAACACUGUUUUGAGCAUAUUCUUCAUCAACUACGUUCACAUAAAGCGUUGAUAGAAGAUGAAGCGAGAGUACCAACUAAUACCCUUAGGGAUAUGUCCGCGGACUCGCAACAUAUCCGAGAUCAUAUUCAACAAAUAGCAGGGAACUCGUUUGAAUUUGAUAGAAAGGAAAGAGAAAGGCAAAAAGCCCUUUACAAUGAAGUCCGUGACUGGUUCUCAUAUUCUCGAAAUUUACCAGAGAACGCUGAAGUCGAAAGCGAACAUGGCAGGUACUGCUACGAUCGAGAACAAUAUACUGAUACAGGGGGCUGGAUUUUAAGCCACGAGAAGAUUCAGAAAUGGCUUUCUCCAGAUGUCCAGCAAUCCAGUCAUUCUAUGUUAUGGAUCAAUGGUCGCCCGGGCACAGGAAAAACUUAUUUAGCUUCAAUCAUGAUUGAAGCUUGCCUCAAAGAUACCUCUGUAGUAACAGCCUACUUCUAUUGCAGUGAAAAGAUAGAAGGUAGAACCACUGCUAUUGCAGUAGUUCGGGGUAUUCUUUACCAGUUGGUACGCCAUCAUCCCGAUCUGGCUCCAUACUGCUACGAAAAAAUGAAGAACUCGGAUAGCACAAUCCUGUCGUCCUUGAAAGUAGCAAGAGAAAUUUUGGGAGUUUUUUGCGAAAGGAUUCCACAGCUAUAUGUCAUAAUAGAUGCUGUUGAUGAGUGCCAAUCCAGCGAGGAGGCAAAGAACCUGUUGGAUACUUUCAAGGAUCUCACAAAGAAGUGUGAUAACCAUUCACCUGGAAAGCUCCGUGUUCUCUUUCUUAGUCAACCAACGUCCGAGAUCAGGAAUUCUCUUGUCUCUGCCGAUACUCUUACUUUGACUCCAGAGCUGAAUGUUGGUGACAUUCGGAAAUACUGUCAGCACAGAACCCGAGAACUGGAAAAGUUUGAGUUUAGUAGUGAAGAUAUAAAGAACGUCGUUGAGAUAAUCUGCGCGAGAGCAGAUGGAAUGUUCCUAUUUGCAAAACUGGUCAUGAAUAACCUCGCAAAACAGCCCAACCUUGCACUAUUUCGCGACGAAAUUACUGGUGCAAGGCUACCGAAUGAAAUUGAUCAAGCAUAUUCCCGAAUAAUGGAGCGUCUCGAGCGAGAUCUGGGCUCAGAACAGUUCAGGUACACGCUGUUGUUGCUCGGAUGGUUAGUCUGUUCUAAAAGACCGCUGAAAUGGACGGAGGUUCAAUCAGCAUCGUCGGUCGAAAUCGACGUGUGGAACAACUCUAAUGUAAUGAAUAUGGAUGUCAAGUUACGAGAUGAUGUACACGAGAUAUGUGGAUCUCUUGUCCAGGUACUUCAAGGUGAUAGAGUUGAGCUUGUUCAUAGCACUGCGAGAAGGUUCAUAAUUGAGCAAAGCGGCAUAGAUAUAGCCACUGCAGAGUGUGAUCUGACCCUUCGUUGUCUACGAUAUCUCACGCUGAACAUCUUCGAGCCUAAUAUAAGAGAUUCAGACCUCCGUUUCUAUGCACUUCGAGGGGACUUGGCGUUCCAAGACUAUGCAGUGUCAACAUGGUUCAUGCAUGUUAAGUCAAUGGUGGAUACAAACCUAGGACUUAUGGUCAGGAACCCAGCAUCCUCCGAACUCAACGAUCAACUUAUCAAGAUUCGGCAUGUGCUUGGUCGUUUUAUCCAAUUCUACGAUGCAAGCUUCCCAGACGACAAUAUUCAGCAGCAGACUCAACAAGAUUAUUUGGCAGCAUAUCCGCUCAGAGCAAAACAAAGAUUUGGUAGCUCGAAACAAUGUGAGUAUUGA